UGUUGGAGGAAGUAGUUGCAUUGAGUGACCAGCGGUAGAGCGGCGAAACUUUUCGAUUUAGAACGCAUAGAACACAGGGUACUAUAGGAGCACGAAGAAUCCAGCCGGCCAUGAUAUGAAAUUAGUCUCACAUCCCCAGCUUUAACGGGCCUUCUUUCAGAUCAGCAAAUAAGAGCUUUUGCAAAAAACAGAACUUGCAGAGGCAAGCACCAAAAUGCAGUUUGCCUGGGUGCUUUGCGGCACUGUAAUAACUUUGCUGUUUCGCUUUCAAGGUGCAGCGGAGAGCGCAGAGUGCUCCUGUGGGAGGAACCACUUCACCUGCGCCGUGAGCGCAUUCGGGGAGUGCACCUGCAUCCCGGCGCAGUGGCAGUGUGACGGGGACAACGACUGCGGGGACCACAGCGACGAGGACGGCUGCAUGUUGCCCACCUGCUCCCCGCUGGACUUCCACUGUGACAAUGGCAAGUGCAUCCGCCGGUCCUGGGUGUGCGAUGGGGACAACGACUGUGAGGACGACUCCGACGAGCAGGAUUGUCCUCCCAGAGAAUGCGAGGAGGAUGAGUUCCACUGCCAGAAUGGCUACUGUAUCCGCAGUAUGUGGCACUGUGAUGGGGACAACGACUGCGGGGACAACAGCGACGAGCAGUGUGACAUGAGGAAGUGCUCAGACAAAGAGUUCCGCUGUACGGACGGGAGCUGCAUUGCGGAGCACUGGUACUGCGAUGGCGACACAGACUGCAAGGACGGCUCCGAUGAGGAGAACUGCCCCUCGGACAUGAUGAUGGCCACUUGCAGUGUGGAGGAGUUCCAGUGUGCUUACGGCCGCUGCAUUCUGGACAUCUACCACUGCGAUGGGGACGAUGACUGCGGGGACUGGUCCGAUGAGUCUGACUGCACCUCCCACCAGCCCUGUCGUUCAGUGGAGUUCAUGUGCAGCAGCGGCAUGUGCAUCAAUGCUGGCUGGAGGUGUGACGGCGAGUACGACUGUGACGACCAAUCCGAUGAGAAGAACUGCACCACAUCCAUGUGCACCACUGAUCAGUUUCGCUGCGCAUCCGGCCGCUGCGUACGGUUGUCAUGGCGAUGUGAUGGCGAGGACGACUGCUCUGACGGCAGCGACGAGGAUAGCUGUGAGAAGACGGACACAUCGCCCUGCGCCCCUGACCAGUUCCUGUGCGGGAACGGCCGCUGCAUCGGCCACAGGAAGGUGUGCAAUGGGGCCAACGACUGUGGGGACGGCACGGACGAGCGGCCGCACCAAGAAUGCCGGCCCAGGCUGAGUGAGGGGAGCUGUAACGUGAACAACGGCGGCUGCAGUCACAAGUGUCACAUGGCCCAGGGCCUAGUGCAGUGCACCUGCCACACCGGCUACCGACUGAUGGAUGAUGGGAAAUCCUGUCAUGAUGUGGACGAGUGUGCAGAGGAAGGCUACUGCAGCCAGGGCUGCACCAAUACGGAGGGGGAGUUUCAGUGCUGGUGUGUGCAGGGAUAUGAGCUGAGGCCCGACAAGCGCAGCUGCAAGGCAUUAGGUCCAGAGCCCGUCCUGCUUUUCGCCAACCGGAUCGACAUUCGCCAGGUUCUGCCGCACCGCUCCGAGUACACUCUUCUGCUCAACAAUCUGGAGAACGCCAUUGCGCUGGACUUCCACCACAGCAAGGAGCUGGUGUUCUGGUCCGACGUCACUCUGGACCGCAUCAUGAAGGCCAACCUCAACGGCAGCAACGUAGAGGAGGUGGUGUCAACCGGCUUGGAGAGCCCAGGUGGAUUAGCUAUCGAUUGGAUCCACGACAAGCUGUACUGGACAGACUCUGGGACGUCCCGCAUCGAGGUGGCCAACCUGGAUGGCACACACAGGAAGGUGCUGCUCUGGCAGAGCAUGGAGAAGCCCCGGGCCAUCGCCCUGCACCCCAUCGAGGGGAAGAUCUAUUGGACGGAUUGGGGCACCACCCCACGCAUCGAGUACGCCAACAUGGACGGGUCCAACCGACGCAUCAUCGCUGACACCAACCUCUUCUGGCCUAACGGGCUCACCAUUGACUACGCCGGCCACCGGAUAUACUGGGUGGACGCCAAGCACCAUGUGAUCGAACGGGCAGACCUGGACGGCCAGAAUAGGAAGGCGGUCAUAAGCCAAGGCUUGCCCCACCCCUUCGCCAUCACAGUGUUUGAGGACAGUUUAUACUGGACCGACUGGCACACCAAGAGCAUCAACAGCGCCAACAAGUUCACGGGAAAAAACCAGGAGAUCAUCCGCAACAAACUGCACUUCCCCAUGGACAUCCACACCUUGCACCCACAGAGGCAGCCAGCAGGGGGGCAGAACCGCUGUGGAGACGACAACGGGGGUUGCAGCCACCUGUGUCUGCCUAGCAACAAGACCUACACCUGCGCCUGCCCCACUGGCUUCAAAAAGGUGGACAGCCACAACUGCGCUGAGAGUCUUGACAAGUUCCUGCUUUUUGCCCGAAGGACGGACAUCCGUCGGAUCAGCUUCGACACCGAGGACAGGUCGGAUGACGUCAUCCCACUGGCGGACGUGCGCAACGCGGUGGCGCUGGACUGGGAUGCCCAGGAGGAAUGUAUCUACUGGACGGAUGUCACCACUGACUCCAUCAACCGGGCCAAGUGGGAUGGCUCCAAACAGGAGAUGGUUGUUGACACCAGUCUGGAGAGCCCAGCUGGUCUUGCUAUUGACUGGCUUACCAAUAAGCUCUACUGGACAGAUGCUGGCACAGAUCGGAUCGAGGUCUCCAACACUGAUGGCAGCAUGCGCACUGUGCUUAUCUGGGAGAACCUGGACCGACCCCGGGAUAUAGUGGUGGAUCCGAUUGGACGGUACAUGUACUGGACGGACUGGGGUGCCAGCCCUAAGAUAGAGAGAGCCGGAAUGGAUGCCUCUAACCGCAUGGUCAUCAUCUCUUUCAAUCUGACCUGGCCCAACGGCCUGGCCAUUGAUUACCAGACCGAGAGAUUGUACUGGGCUGAUGCUGGUAUGAAGACGAUCGAGUACGGGAACUUUGAUGGCUCAGAGAGAAAGGUAUUGAUUGGCACUCAGCUGCCCCACCCUUUUGGCCUGACGCUCCAUGAAGACCAGAUCUACUGGACAGACUGGCAGUCCAAGAGCAUCCAGAGUGCAGACAAGCUGACGGGCCUGGGACGGGUCACGCUGGCUGAGAACCUGGAAAACCUGAUGGACAUCCACAUGUUCCACAGGCACCGCUCAUCAGUCGAGACCCCGUGCCAAGAAAACAAUGGGGGGUGCAGCCACCUCUGUCUGUUGGCCCCCCUCCCCAACAACUUCAGCUGCUCCUGUCCCACUGGAAUCAACCUUCAGGCGGAUGGCAGGACCUGCUCAGAUGGGAUGAACAGCUUCCUGAUUUUCGCUCGGAGGACAGACAUUCGCAUGGUCUCCCUGGACAUUCCUUACUUUGCUGAUGUUGUACUGGCCUUCAACGGAUCCAUGAAAAACACUAUCGCCAUCGGCGUAGACUCAAAAGAGGGAAAAGUGUACUGGUCUGAUAGUACACUGAAGAGAAUCAGCAGGGCCUAUAUAAAUGGUACAGAGUAUGAAGAGGUCAUUUCAACUGGGUUGAUGACCACAGACGGUCUGGCAGUGGACUCUGUGGGCAGGAAAAUCUAUUGGACUGACACCGGCACCAACCGCAUCGAAGUGGCCAAUCUGAACGGGUCCAUGAGAAAAGUCCUGAUCUGGCAGCACCUGGACAGUCCCCGGGCUAUAGCCCUUUACCAUGAGAUGGGGUAUAUGUACUGGACGGACUGGGGAGAGCAUGCCAAGCUGGAGCGGGCCAAUAUGGACGGGACAGACCGGGUCGUUCUCAUUAGCAGCAACCUGGGCUGGCCUAAUGGGUUGGCUGUCGAUAAGGCUGGAUCCAAACUGCUCUGGGCUGAUGCUCACACAGAGCGUAUUGAGGCUUCAGAUCUGAAUGGGGCCAACAGACGAACACUGGUGUCCCCGGUCCAGCACCCCUACGGGCUGACCCUGCUUGGUCCUCACAUCUACUGGACCGACUGGCAGAGCCGCAGCAUCCAGAGGGCCGACAAGAACACCGGGGCCAACAUCAUCACCGUGAGGGGCAACCUGCCAGGCCUAAUGGACAUUCAGGCUGUGGACAGAGAGAGGCCCCUUGGUUUCAACAAGUGUGGCAGGUGGAACGGGGGCUGCAGCCACCUCUGCCUGCCCAAUCCCAACGGGACGUCCUGCGCCUGCCCCACCGGCAUCCUGCUGAAGGAGGACGGGCGGUCCUGCGACGACAGCCCCGAAACCUACCUGCUCUUCUCCAACCGCGUCAGCAUCCGCCGCAUCUCUCUGGACACCAGCGACUACACCGACGUCCACGUGGCCAUCCCUGAGCUGCACAACGUCAUCUCCCUGGACUACGACAGCGUGGAGGGAAAGGUGUACUACACCGACGUCACCCUUGAUGUCAUCCGACGAGCCAAUCUGAAUGGAAGUGGUAUGGAGACUGUCAUUGGUCAGGGCCUCAAAACUACCGAUGGCCUAGCGGUGGAUUGGGUGGCCCGAAACAUGUACUGGACCGACACAGGCCGCAACACCAUUGAGGUGGCCCGGAUGGACGGUUCCUGCCGCAAAGUGCUUAUCAACAACAGCCUGGACGAGCCCAGAGCCAUCGCUGUGUUCCCCAGCAAAGGAUACUUGUUUUGGACAGACUGGGGUCAUGUUGCCAAAAUUGAAAGGGCGCACUUGGACGGGUCUGACCGCAAGGUUCUGAUUAACACUGACCUGGGCUGGCCAAACGGGUUGACCCUGGACUACGAUACUCGCAGGAUUUUCUGGGUGGAUGCCCACCUGGACAGGAUUGAGAGCUCAGACCUGAAUGGAAAGCUCCGUCACAUCUUGCUCAGCCCGGUCUCCCACCCCUUUGCCCUCACACAGUCGAAUCCGGGCUCUUCUUCACUAAUCCCUCUCUUCCACCUCUCGCAGCAAGACCGCUGGAUAUACUGGACGGACUGGCAAACCAAGUCCAUCCAGCGCAUAGAUAAGCACACGGGCCGCAGCAAGGAGACGGUGCUGGCCAAUGUGGAGGGAUUAAUGGACAUCAUUGUGGUGUCCCCGCAGAGACAGAGCGGCACCAACCACUGCGGCGUGAACAACGGGGGCUGCUCUCAUCUCUGUUUCGCCAAGACCAACAGCUUUGUGUGCGCCUGCCCAGAUGAGCCAGACGGCAAGCCGUGCUCCACCAUUCCAGGUUUCGUCCCUACAUCUGCUGACCAUGGUGGUACCAGCUUGCCAUCACCAAACAAGAUCCCCAAGUCUGUCACAGACAAGCCCAACCUUGGACCCCCUGUGAUCAACUGCACAGACAAGAUGUUGACCCUGGAAGGCUGUAUGCAGAGCAAUGUGGUGACAGCUACACAGGGGGCAAGCCUUCACAUCAGCUAUGUCAUUGGAGGCACACUUACGAUCCUAACCAUCCUGAUUCUUAUAGCAGUGUUCAUUAUAUACAGACACAAAAAGUCUAAGUUCGCAGACCCAGGACUGAGUAAUCUUACUUACAGCAAUCCCUCAUACAGAACAUCUACUCAAGAGGUCAAAAUUGAAAAUGUGCAAAAGCCACCUAUUUAUAACCAACUACGGUAUAAGAAAGAGGUCGGCAAUGAAAACAGUUACGCAAAGGAGAAGAUUAAGAUCGUUGAGGGCAUCUACCUGCUGUCCAGCGAGGAGCUGUACUGGGAAGACCUGAAGCACAUCAAGCCAUCGCGGGGCGGGCUCCACGUGUGCAUGAAGACCGACACCGUGUCCAUACAGGCCAGCAGCGGCUCGCUGGACGACACCGAGACAGAGCAGCUGCUGCGGGAGGAGCAGUCAGAGUGCUCCAGUCUCAACACCGCCCCCGGCGUCACACCUGAGCGCCACUCCGCCCUGCCCGACACCGGCUGGGCGGCCCCACACUGCAAGCCCUCUACUGAAAGCGAGGUCUGACGCCUCCCCGACUCCCAUCCGGCCAACGUCACCCUCCCACCUUGUUCUCCCAUCUCCUCACACCGCUUUCCACAGCCUGCUGGCUCACUGCUGCCCCCGCUGGCAGAAGACUGACAGACAUUCUUAGAGACAUUCAUGAAAAUAUUUGACAAAGGAAAGCUGCGAAAAAAACUUUGAAGUUGAGGAGUAAAAUAGCAAAGGACCUAUCUGGAGCCAUUUAAAGGAAGAAAAGAACUAUUCUCGGACUUAUUUUUGUUUAAAAUGUGAGCAUUGAUUUUUUUUUUUUGGAAGGGGUGGGGGGGGGCAGGGUGUUGAUUGGGUGUUGUAUGUUCCAGGACUAAUAUACAGAAAACUUUUUGAUGCAACUUGUGUCAUUAUGAGCUCUAUUUAUGAACUUUUUGUACUUUUCAGUUUGUUGUUAUACUGAUGUGGUGGAAAAAUGGAGAUGUAGACAUUCAUUCUCAGAAAAAGGUUUGCUAUAUAUUUAUGUCAGUGAUACGGCAGAACUGUUUGCUUGGACAGUGCCAACUUUUCUCAAUAAAGGUGUUGUUUAUAGAAUAUCUAACUGUGAUAUUCUAGACCAUGGGUUAAUCACCCGACUGAGAGAUCAGAACAGCAUUUGGCUUUGUUAAGCUAUUUUACCACUCAUUAGAAAGCCACUGCAUCCAGAACAGUAUAUUCAGCAUGUUCAGGUUCAUGCAGAAGUAAUGCAAAAUUGAGCAUUUUGAAAUUGUGUCCACGUUUGAUACUCGGGGAAAGCAGUUUCAAUGAAGUAUAAGUGCCAAACCUUUUUAAUUGUGUUUUUAUUAGUCCUAGGUUGUAAUGCUUGGCAUUUCUGAUGGCUUGUUCACACUAGAUCUACAAUUGCUCCGUCUCUAAUGCACCAUGCACUUAUCUAUCACCUCUGUAUAAAAUUAGGUCUGACACUAUAACCUCUAUGAUGCUAUUUAGAAUCCGCAAGUUCAGAAUUAUUAGGAUUACAUAAGCUUUAUUCUUGCAGCAAUAAUUAGAACAUGAAAUAGUUAUUAGGAAAAAAUCAGCUUUUACUUGAGCUGGUGGGUGGGGAGGGAGUACAAAAAUAUGGAUAUUUUUCAGACAUUUAGGUGCACAGAUAACUGAAUAAUAUACUGAAAUUGGUGGCUGUGUAAUAUGUUUAAGGCAGUGCAUCUGUGGACAUUCUGUUGACUUAUUUUGUGCUUUUUUUAACCUGUAGUGAUGCUUAUGGACAUUUAUGAAUUCUGACUACAUUUAUCAUGAAGUUAACUCAAGUUCAGCCAUGUGCUGAUUUGCUGCUAAAAAUAGCACUGAGACCCACAGCUAAUGGUCUUGGCAGCUACUUAACCUAAGGUCUAUGUGAGAUGACUCACAAAUACACAAACUACUCGAUACUUCAUUCAUCAGCAACAAUAACUCAUUUGCUUUUAGUUGCCUGAGUGCAAAUGGUCAUGUAAAUAUUAAUUGAAAAACGUUUUGUUGUUGAAAAUACUGGUUGCUUGUAUUGAUUUUAUUGUAUAAAAUGUGUUCUUUUUGUACAAAGGGAUUUUGAUUGUUUUGACAUUAAUUUUACUCACUGGAAAAGAAAAUGUUUGCUGGAUUUAUUUAACCAUUUGUUUUUUAACCAUGUAAAUGAUAUAGCUGAUGCCAGUUAUUUAAUAGUGUUUUUACGUUCCAAAAUAUUGUUCACACAUAUUGUAAAUUUAACUGAAAUAUUUAUCAUUUCUGUAUUUUUCUGUCAUGUAGUGUGUAAAUAUGAACAUAUUUGAUAUGUAAUUCUUUUCAUUUACAAUACUAACCAGCUAUGUUGUCAUUGUACAGUGAAAUAUUAAUUGGCUAUCUUGUGAUAUAAAACUGUAUUUGCAUUGAAAUGGAAAUAUGGCACCCCUCUUUAUUCAGUGGAUUUCGCAGGGCUGUUUUGAUAAAUUGUUCUUUCAGAGAUGCUGUAAAUCCUUGACCUACUUUUUGAAGAUAUGAAACUGGUGAUUGACAUCAGGAUGGAAAAUUCACAAACUACUCUAUUUAAUAUUCGUUGAAAUGACCGUGGAAGAUUUUCUCUAACUUCUUAUAGUCAUAAACAAUACAUAUCUAGGUGAACAUGUUUAUAGUGAAAUAAAUUCCUCAUAAUGGUGUCACAUUUCAAAUGUAGAUGCUGUACCUCAUUUCCAUUAUUUAUUGAUUGAUUUAUUGUACAUCAUUGAAUGUAUUCCAUUGUAAUGGCCAAUAAUGUAUUGCAUGGUUAUGUUCAGUGUAUACAGUAAGUUGCAAGUAAAUAUUAUUAUUGCAAAUAUUUUAGUCAUUACAAGUUAAAGAUGCAAAAAUUAAAAUUCCAGUGGACAAUG